UGGCGUUUUUAUUACAACACCAGAGCUGUUUCCAUGUUCUUUAAUUGUUGUGGCAGGAGAAAGUUGCCUGUAACCAUGUCACCUGAUUGGGAUUGAAAGAACUUUGGUAAGAAAAAAAAAAAAAAUCUCCCCACCCCCACAGAAGAGGAGACCGCCCACCAGAGACAGUCAACCCGAGACCCCUUAUAGAUUUAAAAAGAGAGGCUGCAUUCUCAGACUGACACUUAUUCAACACUGCCACCUUAAGCAGAUUACUUUUGCGCUGCCCGUGUCAAAUACGUGCUUCACUUUGCCUCUCCAUCAUGUUUAGGAUGCUGAAACACCACCUCCACCCGGGCAUUUUUCUCUUCUUCAUAUGGCUUUGUCACCUCAUGGAACAUCAAAAAGUUCAAGCCGGGAACUGCUGGUUGCAGCAGGGGAAGAACGGGAGGUGCCAGGUGCUGUACAUGCCCGGUAUGAGCAGGGAGGAGUGCUGCCGGAGCGGAAGACUGGGGACGUCCUGGACCGAGGAGGACGUCCCUAACAGCACGCUCUUUAGGUGGAUGAUCUUCAAUGGCGGAGCCCCCAAUUGCAUACCUUGCAAAGGUGGAGAAACCUGCGAUAAUGUUGACUGUGGGCCGGGAAAGAGGUGCAAGAUGAACAGAAGAAGCAAGCCGCGCUGCGUGUGCGCGCCAGACUGCUCCAACAUCACCUGGAAAGGACCGGUCUGCGGCUCAGAUGGAAAGACCUACAAAGACGAAUGCGCACUGCUGAAGGCUAAAUGCAAAGGCCACCCUGACCUGGACGUGCAGUACCAGGGAAAGUGCAAGAAAACGUGCCGUGACGUCUUGUGCCCCGGCAGCUCCACGUGCGUCGUGGACCAGACAAAUAAUGCAUAUUGUGUGACGUGUAAUCGGAUUUGCCCCGAGGUGACGUCGCCUGAUCAGUACCUGUGUGGAAACGACGGGAUCAUCUAUGCCAGCGCGUGUCACCUGAGAAGAGCUACCUGUCUCCUGGGCAGAUCUAUCGGAGUGGCGUAUGAGGGCAAAUGCAUCAAGGCUAAGUCGUGUGAGGACAUCCAGUGCAGCGCAGGGAAAAAGUGUCUGUGGGAUGCUCGAAUGAGCCGAGGCCGCUGCUCACUGUGCGAUGAGACCUGUCCGGAGAGCAGGACGGAUGAGGCGGUGUGUGCCAGCGACAACACCACAUAUCCCAGUGAAUGUGCCAUGAAGCAAGCUGCUUGCUCUAUGGGUGUGCUGCUUGAGGUCAAGCACUCUGGAUCUUGCAACUGUAAGUAAAUAACAAAAGCAAAAUAUGAAAAAGAAUCAAUCAAAACACCCCCCCCCCUCCAAGCAAAAGACAAUAUUCCAUGUUGCUUUCCCAACAAAAAACCUCCCCUGAAAGUGCCCCCCCCCCCACCCUGACUCUCCCCCAACUCCCACACCAGCCACACCACCACCAAGCACAGCUUAAGCAAGCAGAACGGACUUGGGAAUGGAAGAACUUGCAUGACAUUGUCUCUGUCGCUGGCUUUUGUUCUUGUGUUCUUGUUAGUUUUUUUGAUUUCACUUUUUAUUUUUUAAAUUGUUCUGCAAAUCAAAAUCAGAGAAAGGUUAAUGAAACCAACACAUUUCUAUAUCAGCAGCAGACUCUGAACAAGAGUCUGGGGAAAAAGCUAACAUCAUUUAAACUAACUUGAAAAAAUAAAGGAGACUAGCUUGGUUUGCAGUGGAACAAUCUUGAUAUUUAAAACUAGUCGUGUUUACGGCCAUGCUAGUGAACUGCAGGAGCAGGUUGCCUUAAAUCCCAUGCAGUUUUAUUUUUUAAUCAGAAUUAUUUUUUAUGAUAGUGGUCAUAUCUUUACAGCUUGUAAAUUCCAUGGUCACAUUGCUUAUUUCAUAGUAAUGGUGCAUUUUUUUGUUUUUGUAAUGUUUUUUUUCUUUCUUUUUGUUGCUUUUGGCUGUAAUCAAUCAAUUCAAAAUGCACUGCCUCGUGAUAUACACCACACUGCCAACAUGUCCAUGAGAACAGAAUACUUUAUAAUAUACUAAUAUGAUGUGCAUAAGGUGAUUGUAACAUUGGUGCCAUGUUAGCGAUAAUGUUAUCCACGUAGGCUACCUAUCUACAGACCAGCCCGAGCCAGUCAUGCGCUCACAGCUCUGGCAGUAAACCAUCAAAUUGAACAAUAGCCUCAAGGAAGUAUCAAAUUUACAUUCCAAGUUGCUAUGUAGAAGAAUGUCUCCGUGUUAGUUUCUCUCUCCUGACUGAGUACCUUACUGUGAUGUGCCUAAGGUAUGCGAUGGAAUCCAAGGGACCAACUUUAUGAUCACCUCAUGAGCUAAAUAUAUAAAUGUGAUACUUUACAGUGUGCAGGAUAAGCAUAAGAAGCUCGUAGAACCAUGCUCUCUUAUUUCUCGUCUCUUCAUCGUAGGAGGAGUGUUUAUCGACUAACUUUUAUUGUCUGUGCUGUUUCCAGUGAAUGUGUUGUCUACCAGAAUAUGUAUCAGAAAUUACAAAUCCGUUUGGAUUGA